GAUGAAAUGAAAGGGGCUCCUAAGUCACAAAGUCGCAGGUGGAUGGGCAUCCUUUUGACAGGACUCCUGGGAAUAGAGCUGUACCACUCUCCCUGAUGAGCUGGGGCGGGAACUACCUCUCCCAGACAGAGUUUGGGUCAAACCCAUGCAUGUCCAGUUCCUACCAAAACCCAUUUUCUCCCAGGUUUGCUGGAAUGGAAGGAUAGCUGCAGGCUCCUCUGGCAUGGAGGAUGACGAGCCUCUUGAGUCCACGACAAAAGAUGAGACAGACACCGAUUUGGCACCUCAGAGCAGCGAUGACAUGUUCUACUGUGAGGCCGAAGCACCCUCAACUGAUGAGAAAGAGAAACCGUCCCAGGAGGAUUCAGAAACGGACCUGGAGAUUGAAGAUACAGAGAAGUUCUUCACCACUGGCCAAAGGGAGCUGUACCUGGAGGCCUGCAAAGUGGUGGGCGUAGUGCCUGCCUCCUACUUCAUCCGGAACAUGGAGGAGUCCUGCAUGAACCUCAACCACCAUGGGCUGGGCCCCAAGGGCACCAAGGCCAUCGCUAUAGCCCUGGUGCCCAACACAGCUAUCAUCAAACUAGAGCUGGAAGACAACUGCAUCAUGGAAGAGGGCGUCCUCAGCUUGGUGGAGAUGCUGCACGAGAACUACUACCUCCAGGAGCUGAAUAUCUCCAACAAUGAACUUGGUUUGGAAGGUGCCAAGAUCAUCUCAGAGUUCCUCCAGGGAAAUAUCUCCUCACUGUGGAAACUGAAGCUUUCAGGAAAUCAAUUCAAGGAAGAUUCCGCAGCACUCUUAUCCCAAGCCCUGUCGUUCAAUUACCGAAUUAAGAAGUUGAGUCUCAGUCACAACCAGUUCUCUGAUAUAGGAGGGGAGCACCUGGGACAGACGCUAGCCCUCAAUGUAGGACUCGAGUCGCUGGAUCUGAGUUGGAACCAAUUCCACGUACGUGGAGCUGUAGCCCUUUGCAAUGGUCUCCGGUCUAAUACGACCCUGAGGACACUGAAUCUCUCCAUGAAUGGCUUUGGGGACGAAGGGGCUCUGGCCCUCGGGGACUUGCUCAGACUCAACAACACCCUGAGGUGCCUCGAUAUCAGCAGUAACGACAUUAGCAACGAUGGGGCCUCCAAGCUCAGCAAGGGCCUGGAGUCCAACGAAAGCCUCCAGGUGCUGAAGCUUUUCCUGAACCCUCUGAGUAUGGAAGGGGCAGUUGUGCUUAUCCUUUCCAUCAAGAGGAACCCCAAAUCCAGGAUGGAAGAGCUUGACAUUUCUAAUGUACUGGUAACCGAGCAGUUCACAAAAAUACUGGACGGGGUAUGCGCCAUCCACCCCCAGCUGGACGUGGUAUGCAAGACAAUGCAAGGCUUCUCUGCCAGAAAAAUCCUCUCCCUGUGGAUGAACCCCAUGAAACUCAUCCAGGGCUACGCAGACCGGCAGAAAAUCUCAGUUGUGGAAUUCUUCAAGAGCUUGAACCCUACGGGGUCAAUGACGAUGCCUGUGGGCGAGUUCCGGAAAGCUAUGGUACAGCAAAACAAGGUCACUAUAAACCGGUAUCAAGUCAGGGAGCUGAUUAAGAAGCUGGACAAGAGGAAGGGCAUGGUGAACUUCAGUUCACUUGCGUAGCAAGGCUAUUGGUUGCUGGACCAGACUCUGGGACCAAGGCCAGAGGAGCUCCAGCCCAGCCCUGUCCAGCCCAUGUGACAAGAGGGCA